AUUACUGAUUUCAUUGUCUGGAUGCCAAACUUGUACAUUUGUAAUUGAUGGAUGUGAAAGACACUUUGCUUUGCUUUCCUUCUCCCACUCAAAACGUUGCGAAAGUUUCUCUGCAUUUAGAGAGAAAGAGAAAGGAAUAGUUUUUUUUUUUCGUUUAUUCUUGGGAGAGAAAAAAAAAGAUGGAGAAUUGUGAAACGGAUCACGAGGAGGAGGUGGUGGAGAAGAUGACGUCAUCUCCGACGUCGGAGGCUGUGGAGGAUGAAGGGUUGGUUUCAAAUUCGACGUUGGAGAAAGUUGCUGCAGCGAAGAAGUAUAUAGAGGACCAUUACAACAAACGCAUGAGACACAUCCAACAGCGUAAAGAAAGGCGUUUGGUGCUAGAACAAAAGAUAGCAUCUUUAGAUGUAUCGGAGAAAGAACAACACGAGUUGCUUGAGGAUUUGCAGAGGAAAGAGACAGAGUAUACUAGGCUAAUGAGGAACAGGCUAUGCGUUGAUGAUUUUGAUCUUCUCAGUAUUAUUGGUAGAGGAGCUUUCGGUGAGGUAAGACUAUGCCGUGAGAAGAAGACUGGCAACAUCUAUGCCAUGAAGAAGCUGAGGAAGUCUGAAAUGCUUAGUAGGGGGCAAGUUGAACAUGUUAGAUCCGAGAGGAACUUGCUAGCUGAAGUUGCUAGUGACUGUAUUGUGAAGCUUUAUUAUUCGUUCCAAGAUCCAGAAUACUUGUACCUCAUCAUGGAGUAUCUGUCCGGUGGUGAUGUGAUGACUUUGCUUAUGAGGGAAGAGACUUUGACUGAGACCGUGGCUCGCUUUUACAUUGCACAAAGCGUUUUGGCUAUUGAGUCGAUACAUGAACAUAACUAUGUUCACAGGGAUAUAAAACCAGACAACCUUUUGUUGGACAAGAAUGGUCAUAUGAAGCUGUCAGAUUUUGGUCUUUGUAAGCCUCUCGACUGUAGACAUAUAUCGGCUAUGAAAGUAAAUGAACCUUUGAAUGAUGAGAAUACGAAUGAAUCAAUCGAAUGUGAUGAGCACUGCUCGAUAGGACGCCGUGGAAGGCGCUGGAGAAGUCCGUUGGAACAGCUGCAACAUUGGCAGAUACACAGAAGAAAGCUGGCUUAUUCAACUGUUGGUACCCCUGAUUACAUUGCCCCUGAAGUGUUGCUGAAGAAGGGAUACGGUGUAGAAUGUGACUGGUGGUCUUUGGGAGCCAUUAUGUAUGAGAUGCUCGUCGGUUAUCCCCCAUUUUACUCUGAUGACCCUGUAACAACUUGUAGAAAGAUUGUGGGAUGGAGAACUCAUUUGGUAUUCCCCGAGGAUGCAAGGUUGACACCUGAGGCACGAGAUCUCAUUUAUAGCUUGCUCUGUGAUUCUGAGCAUAGGCUUGGUUCUCAUGGAGCUGGAGCCGAGCAAAUCAAAGCUCAUCCUUGGUUCAAAGAUGUUGAAUGGGAAAAUCUAUACGAGAUGGAUGCAGCUUUCAAGCCAGUUGUCAAUGGAGAACUUGAUACCCAGAAUUUUAUGAAGUUUGAUGAGGUGGACUGUCCAAAACCAACAAGAACUGGAUCUGGACCGUCAUGGAAGGUGAGCAUAACCCCUCAAAACAUCAACUUUGUGGGAUAUACAUACAGAAACUUUGACGCUGUCCGUUCUCGCCGUUCUUUAGAUAUCAAAGGAAGCAUUUCGCCACCACGUUCAUCAACUGACUCCACCCUAAGUGACUCUGCAAUCGAUUACGCAAAGCUCUCUAUAGAUCCACAACAGUGACUCAAUACAUAACUGCCUGCAGCUGCAUAGAGAAGAGAAGAUAUUGAGGAAAUUCUCUUUUUCCGCAGCUGCUUUUUUAUCUGCCAGAUCUGGCCGUUCAUUUAUUAUUUCUUGCACGGCCAGUUUAACUUGUGGCAGUUCCAGCCGUUUAUUUCCCGCCAUUCUUAAUUAUUGUUAGCAACAUCCAAAACCUGUUUUUUAAAACAUUUUUUUUUUAAUUUGACUUUGCGGCUAUUUGAUCAUCUUCCUUUCCGCUUUUUUUGUAAAUAUUGUUAUGCUCUUGU